AGUUGACAGUUAGAACUUCAAAUCAUUAAGUCAAUACCUUGACGUUACGAAAGACUGCCGGCGACAGCAGUCUGGCAACGUCGCCCCAAACAUCUGUUUAGUCGAACAGCUGGAAGAAGAAGAUGCGGCGCCUGGUGCGAAAUUGGAAUUGUCUAUCGUUACUCAACGCCAAUUCCGGCCAAAGAGUCGUCAGACAUGCUAGUGUCCAGCAGAAGACCGAUUCCAAGGAGAAUGGAGCUGGCGAAGCGGAUAAGAAUGGAUUUGGGGCCAAACACUGCAUGAGCCUUGUGGAGAAAUACGACUACGAAAACUACCUGUGCACCCUGCUGCUGCCCCGGGAAUUGAGACGAGCAGCCUUCGCCCUGCGGGCAUUCAACGUGGAGGUCUCCAGAUCGGUCAGCGGACAUCAAAUCGAACCGCAAAUAGCAAAGCUGCGCCUUAAGUUCUGGCAUGACUCCAUAGACAAGUGCUUCGAAUCGGAUUCCAAACGAUCCUACGUGGAGGAUCAGCCUGUCCUGCGCGAACUGAAGCACACUGUGGGCAGUCGCAAGCUGAAUAAGGUAUAUUUACGCCGCCUGGUCACAGCACGAGAACGUCCGCCCAACCAUGGGUUCGAGACGAUCCGCGAGCUUGAGGAGUACGCCGAACAGACCUUCUCCUCGCUGCUUCUCCUGCUGCUCGAGGUGGGCGGAGUCCGUGACCUGCAGGUGGACCACGCCGCCUCACAUCUGGGCAAGGCCCAAGGCAUUGCUACCCUGCUGCGUGCCAUUCCGCUGACGGGCCGUCAGCAGGCAGUCUGCGUUCCUCUCGAGGUGCUCGUGCGGCAUGGCGUCAGUCAGGAACGCAUCAUUCGCGGCCGCAGCGACGACAAGGGCGUCGAGGAGUGCAUAUUCGAGGUGGCCAGUGCCGCCAACAAUCACCUGAAGCUUGCCAGACAGCAACACGAACAGAUGUCGCCCCAGGUGCGCAAGAUUUUCCUCUCUGCUGUGGCCACGGAUGCCUAUCUGGAGCGCUUGCGUCGCGCUAACUUCCUGCUAACCCACAAGAGCUGCGUAGGACGCGACUCAAUGCUGCCGGCACGUCUAUUCUGGAAGUCGCUGUUAAAUCGGUACUGAUAGCAGUUAUACUAGUUAAUAUGUAACUAGGCCUAAUGCAUUAUUGUUGACUUCUUUAAUUAAAAACGUUUGCCAUUUUUUGUUUUUAAA